AUUACUGUAGAUUUAUGCAUAUGUCUUUGAAAAUAUCAAGUCUGUCCGACUGGAAGCACUGCUCUUAUCCUUACUAAGCAUUGUGGUCCUUGUUCUUGUUAAAGAGCUGAAUGAACAGUUUAAGAGGAAAAUUAAAGUUGUUCUUCCUGUUGAUUUAGUUUUGAUCAUUGCGGCAUCAUUUGCUUGUUAUUGUACCAAUAUGGAAAACACAUAUGGAUUAGAAGUGGUUGGUCAUAUUCCAAAAGGAAUUCCUCCACCUAGAGUUCCCCCAAUGAACAUUCUCUCUGCAGUAGUUACUGAAGCUUUUGGAGUGGCACUUGUAGGCUAUGUGGCCUCACUGGCUCUUGCUCAAGGAUCUGCCAAAAAAUUCAAAUAUUCAGUUGAUGACAAUCAGGAAUUUUUGGCCCAUGGCCUCAGCAACGUGAUUCCUUCAUUUUUCUUCUGCAUACCAAGUGCUGCUGCUAUGGGACGGACUGCUGGCCUGUACAGCACAGGGGCAAAGACACAGGUGGCUUGUCUAAUAUCUUGCAUUUUCGUCCUCAUAGUCAUCUAUGCAAUAGGACCUUUGCUGUACUGGCUGCCCAUGUGUGUUCUUGCAAGCAUUAUUGUUGUAGGACUGAAGGGAAUGUUAGUACAGUUCCGGGAUUUAAAAAAAUAUUGGAAUGUGGAUAAAAUCGAUUGGGGCAUAUGGAUUAGUACUUAUGUAUUUACCAUAUGCUUUGCUGCCAAUGUAGGACUGCUGUUUGGUGUUGUCUGUACCAUAGCUAUUGUGAUAGGGCGCUUCCCAAGAACAAAGACUUUAAGUAUAAUAAACAUGAAAGAAAUGGAAUUUAAAGUGAAGACAGAAUCGGAUGAUGAAACUCUGCAACAGGUAAAAAUUGUCUCAAUAAACAACCCACUUGUUUUCCUGAAUGCAAAGAAAUUUAAUACUGAUCUAAUGAACUUCAUCCAAAAGGAAAAUGCCAGCAACCAGCCACUUGAUGACAUCAGCAAGUAUGAACAAAACACGUUGCUCAAUUCUCUGUCCAAUGGCAACUGCAAUGAAGAUGCUGCACAGCCCUGCUGUAGUGAGAGGUGGUCAUUAGUCCUGGACUGCAGUGGCUUGAGCCUUUUUGACUAUUCUGGAGUCUCCACGCUUGUCGAGGUGUACAUGGAAUGUAAGGGCAGAAGUGUGGAUGUAUCAUUAGCCAAUUGCACAGCUUCCUUGAUAAAAGCAAUGACAUACUAUGGAAACCUAGACUCAGAGAAACCAAUUUUUUUUGAGUCAGUGUCUGCUGCAAUAAGAAACAUCUACUCAAAUAAGAAUUUGAGCAAACUCAGUGACCACAGUGAAGUCUGA